ACCACUGGGGAAAGUACUUUUUGAAACUCUGGACUAUCCUCCAUACUGGACACCAACCAUAACCCUCUGCGUUCAUCUCAAACUGAAAUGGUAAGAGAAAAAGAUGGAGGGAAACGCGUCACCUUUAAACUCUUCCCUCCCUCUUUGAACCUCAAAGGGUUCCUUUGUUCGCCUGGUACAAAAGCUCUCAUGGUCACAUGGCCGGCGAGCUGACACAGACUGGCGAAGGGACAGAGACACGGAGAGGUAGAGCGGGUCAGGAAGAGUAAAGCUGGGAACAGGGAGGCAGACGCGCUGCUUCCAUCCAGAUUACUGUGACUCACACACAUGGAGUGGGGCUAUGCGAUACCCUUUUAUGUGCUUCAGAUCUCAAGGAGCCUUCACAACAAACUGCGGUUGGGCACCGGCUCGUCCUCCAGCCUCACCGACCUCUCGCAAGCCAAAUGUUCAUCAGGGGGUGGGGAGAAGGGAGGGACAGCUGGGGGGCUGUCAGAGGAGGCCGGGAGGAGCAAAGAGACUCAGCAGAGGAGGGCCGGUGCCAACGCCACCUGGAACAGCAUCCAAAACGCAGUGAUCUCAGUUUUCCAGAAGAAGGAGCUGGGAGUAAAUGAACUCUAUACUUUAAAUGAAGGUGUCAGGCAGCUGCUGAAGACAGAGCUGGGCUCCUUCUUCACCGAGUACCUGCAGAAUCAGCUCCUCACCAAAGGCAUGGUCAUACUGAGGGACAAGAUACGCUUCUAUGAAGGUCAGAAGCUGUUGGACUCUCUGGCUGAAACCUGGGAUUUCUUCUUCUGCGAUGUUCUCUCCAUGCUGCAGGCCAUCUUCUACCCUGUGCAGGGAAAGGAGCCAUCGGUGCGUCAACUUGCUCUCCUCCACUUCAGAAACAUCAUCACCCUCAACCUAAAACUGGAUGAGGCUCUGUCUCGACCCCGAGCCAGAGUCCCCCCAUCCAUCGUCCAAAUGCUGAUGAUACUACAGGGAGUCCACGAAUCCAAAGGUGUAACAGAUGACUACCUCCGUCUGGAGUCUCUCAUCCAGAAAGUGGUCUCUCCCUACCUCGGGACUCAUGGUUUAUACUCCAGAGACGAAUCCUCUAAUUUGCACUGCUCAUCCUGCUUGUUAGAAAAGAAGCUGCAGUACUCCAGAGCUCCCAAAUCAAACGGCUCUCCCACUGUGAAGAAUCCCGUGGUCCGCUCUAAGAGCUAUAACGUUCCCAUGCUGACGCCUGUCGUGGAGUACGACAUAGACACGUCCUCUGGCGGCAGCACGGGCAUCAGACGCCACUCCGUCUGUGAGAUGUCGUCUUGCAUGGAGGAGAGUAGCUCGCUGAUUAAAUCCGUCGUCAGGAUUUCUGAAAAAAUCAGCCCCUCCAACUCCUCCAUAUCUUCUACCACCUCUGCUGCUCUCACAGACACUUUAAGAUCCAGUCAAGACCUCCAGCACAGAGACAACCACAGCCCCGCGUUGCCCCACCUGCUUAAACCCCAGCAGCCCUCACCCAGCAUCCUUCCCGAGCCUUCCCCAAGUGAGGACGCUAUUUGUUCUGGCUCACUGGAGUUUGACUCGCCCUCUUCUUCUAAACUGCUUGCACAAGACACGAGUUCAGGGCCCAGUCCGGCCUCCAGCACUGAGAUGACAGCGGACCAGAACACAGAGUCUCUGGACUCAGAGCAGGAACAAGAAGGGAUCUUUCUGGACUUCGCGCACCAUUGCUCAGGGGACUCGACACAGAGCGAAGACAGUGACAGGCAGAGCAUGGCCUGACACUAAUACAGACAGUUAUUAGAAAUGUUAACACUGCCUAGCUGCAGAUAUUCCCCACACUCUGGCGCCCUCUGUAGUUUUUCUCAAGUUCUUACAUCUUAGAGACUAAAGCUGAAUUAUUUUUCUAUUAUGUGGAAUCACUAAAUAUGUCAGGUAUUUUUCCUAGGGCAUAAAACAAGGAGAUGUAAAAUCAGACUUUAUAUUUAUUUUUUUAAACAAACUAUUUUGAUAAUUGUUAAAUCUGUGUUUUUAAAUCUUAAGCUUUUUCACCACCGCUGGGCCUUUUACUGGAUUAACAGCGUAGUUCUUUUUUAGAAAGGUGGUCUUUUACUCUGUGAUUAAAUUUAUUUUCUAAUGUCUGUUUUGUAGGUUAAAUGUUUCAACAUUGUUAAACUCUGUUUUAAAGUGGCAAUUUAGUCCUCGGUAAAACGAAUGUCACUUCAAAAUGGACAUGCAGAGAAAAAUAUUCACAAUUUAGCUUUAAUCUAAAGACAGGAUCACAUAAAAGGUCAUUUGCAUUUGAUUUACUAAAUAAAACCAUAUAGAUGUAAAUUA